AUGACACGUUCUCCCUCGACCUCCUGGUCAAUCCUCAAAGUUCUCAUCCUGGCGGUGGCUUUCGCGUGUCCUUCGUUUGGCCAGAACUAUUGUGACCCGGCUCUCUGUCCGAGUGGUCGACAUGUGGCCUGUGGGAGCAGCGGACGCUUCGUCAGCGGCUGCAGGGGAGAGUUUGUGCCAGUGGACCAAUACAUCCAGCAGAUCCUGCAGCUGCACAACGAACGGCGCAAUCUGGUGGCCGGCGGCGGGGUGAGCGGGUUCCCCAGUGCCCUGCACAUGGCCACCAUGACCUGGGAUACCGCUCUUGCCCAGCUGGCGGCCUACAAUGCGCUGCAGUGCCGCAUGGCGCACGACGAGUGCCGCAACACGAACGCCUAUCGCUAUGCGGGCCAGAACCUGAGCAUCCUCUUCAGCAGGAGCGUGGACGUGGCGGACUUCCUGCGCCAGCGGAUCGCCGCCUGGUUCGACGAGAAUCGCGACGCGACCAGCGCCGACAUGGAGAACUACCAGAUGCGCGGCGGACCGGCAAUCGGCCAUUUCACGACCAUGGUGAAUGAACGCAACAGCAGAGUGGGGUGUGCCAUUGCCCGAUAUACGGACGCCAAUAACGUACAGGCAACUCUGCUGGUGUGCAACUACGCGGUCACCAAUGUGGUUAACAAUCCCGUUUAUCGAGCGGGAUCUGCCGCCUCGGAAUGCACAACAGGUCGCAACCCCAACUUUCCAAACCUCUGCUCCUCGAAUGAAGCCUACAACUACAACCAAUGGUCGGGAUAAAAGAAGAAGAACUUUUGCCUAAAAAUAUAACUGAAUUUUAUAUAUUUGUACAUGUAACCAUAUAAUUAAUACGAUUGUUUUGUUUAAAAACCUUGA